AUGAACAACAGCACCAUAUCUGCUGAUAUGAGCAAUAGCACCAUGUCUGCUGACUUUGAUCCCUACCAGCCAAGCGACACCACACAAACUGUCCUCAGUUUUCUAAGUGUUCCAUUCGGCAUUCUAUCUAUAUGGGGAUCGUCCUUCAUCAUUCGCAGCAUCCGGACCGAGCGGAAAUGGAGUCCUUAUCGACGAUUGAUGGUUGCCCUGAGUUUAUGCGAUAUUUUCGGAACUAUAACAUGCGUGAUGCAACCAUUUAUGGGUCCUCGGGACUCGCAGUAUGCCUAUUCCGUGUCGAUAGGAAACGAUGCCACUUGUACCAUGGUGGGAACCUGGUUUCAGUUGGCGCUUAUGGGUCAAUGGUAUUGUGCAGCCUUGAGCUUCUACUUCGUUUCCACUAUUCGACAUGGCGUUACGGAAGCUGCCUUUGCCGGAAAGCACGAACGAUGGAUUCAUGCCAUCAUUAUAACAUUUCAUGUUGUCACGGCUGUUGCUGGGGCCAUCUGGGACUUGUACUUUCAACGACAGAUUAACCCUGGUUGCUGGAUUGCAGAACCACCGGAAAAGGGUUGUUCUGGAAUGAACUGCUAUUCUGAACUGAUGGCAUAUAUAUAUGGGUUCCCGACUAUCAUGGCUCUCUUUGUGAUCCUCAUCAACCACCGGCUGCUGUACGUUCAUGUCAAAAAGACGAUAGCAGAAGGACAACACAAGGCGUUGGAAGCCGAACAGAGACUUCGAGAUUACCAACAGCAAGACGACCAACUGCAACUGCAAAAUUCUGAUAGAAUCAACAAGUCGGAUAGAUUCAACAAGUCGGAGAGGAUCAACAAGUCCGAUAGAACCAAAUCGGAUAGAACCAAGACAGAAGGCACUCUCGACCAAACGAGCAAUCAUACUUCUCGUAUCAGUGUACUGCAAUCGUCCGACAAGCAAUGGGAACGAGUCCGACAAGUUCGGCUUCAAUCUACCUUGUAUGUUACAGCAUACUUUCUCACAUUCAUUUGGUCUGCAGUCAUUAACUUUCUCAACAGUCGACGCUUACAAAAUCAAUAUGAACAUGCUGGAUCAGUGUACUUACCCCUGUUGAUAUUGCAAUCUAUUUUUUUGCCAUCCCAGGGUCUGUUCAAUGCCAUGGUCUUCAUUCGUCCCAGGUUCAAUGCGAACCGCAAGAAGUAUCCCAGACAAACCCGUGUUUGGUAUGUUAAGCGAUCUAUCUAUGGGGAAUGCGUUGAACCUUCUUCACACUGGCAAAUCAGCGGAAUGAGCAGACUCAGCAAAAUGAGUAGAAUGAGCCGAAACAGCAGAACGAGCAUGAGCAUGAGUGGACUCGUCGCCAGCGGUGCAGUUGGAAGACUAGGGAAAGACUCUGAAGACGAAGGUCUCGGAAUAUCGAAACUAGACCAAUCGGCAAUCUUUCCACAGGGUCCUCGUAUUGUAUCUAAUGACGAUGAGCCUUCCAAAGGCAGGGAGGACGAAGGAGUCCCAGAAGUGUCGAAAAUAGAAGACGCAUCGUCAAUCAUUCCAGAGGGAAACGAAUCCAGCGACGAGCUUGUCAUUGCCGAAGAGAAGAGCGAGAGGUAG